AAUGAGGGCAAAUGAUGUGCAUGACUUUAUGGGGCUGCCAAUAAAGGGAGAAGAGAUUAAAGUAGCUGUGAGUGGUGAAGAUGAAGUGUUCAAGCAAUGGAGGGUUGUGUAUGGUAAUGUUCCAUACAAGAAGAUAGCGUCAUUGUUGACUGAGGACAAACAAGAUGAAAAUUUUGAGAUGCUGUUUGUCAUGUAUGCAUUGGGAACAUUGUUGUGUCCUAAUGCCAGUAUUUGUGUCACUGAUUAUUUGUUGAAGGUCAUACUAUCAACCAAGGAUAGAUUGGGUCGGUUUGAUUGGUCAUCUUAUGUGCUGAAUGAACUAUACAAGGGCAUUGGAGUGUACAAAAAACAAUUAGAAAAAGGCAAGCUGACUGAAAAGAAGAAGAAUGUGCCAGGUUGUCUAUACUUCCUACAAAUGUAUUGUCUACAAAAGUUUCCACUUGGGGAAACAAAAGCUUCACAUGUUGAGCAUGCUCUUGCAUUUUGA